AAUUUGUUUUGAUAUGGUUUGGGUGGAAUAUAUAAGGAAAAAAUUGGGCGCAGCCGCCCCGUGAACUUCCCGCUUCUCCCUUUUGUGAACCUGACUUACGGUUUCAGCUUUGAACAGUAACAGUCUAACAUUUAUUGAAUUCAAUACAAGCACUGCAGUCAACCACUCUCUUCAAACGCAUCCAUAAACUUUGUUCUUCCAUUCCCUUCCGAUCUGCAACCGUCUAUUUGAUUAGAGUGUAGCAUAUCAUAUGAACUCUAGCUUGCUUUAACCAUGGAAAAUAAACAGUUAGCGAAAACGAAUGGAGCAACUUCUCAAGCUGUUGAGAACGUGCGAGUAGAUGAUUUGGCAAUUGAUCAGGAUAAACAAUCAAAGGAGGUGAAACCUGAGAAUAUUGUUCAUGAUGGUCCUGAGUUUGACGAUAAGCUAGAUGAUAUAUCAGAUGAGAUAAAUGAUGUGGAGGAUGUAAGGUCUAAGAGAGAAGAUGAGAGUAGAGAUUUGCUAUCUGGAACUCAACUAGAAAAGUUAGAAACCAAAUCUGAAACUGAAGUUAGUACUGAUAAGCAAGAGGAUUCUGGUGAUAAGAUGGGUGCGGGUGCGGGUGCGGGUGGAGAUUUAGAGCCUAAAAAUAAAGAAACCAAUCUAGAUAAUAAAUCUGGACAAAGUGAGUUGGCUAAAGAGGUGGAUGAUAGGGAAUCAACGCAGAUGUUUGAUAAAUCAGAUGAAAUUCCAAGCGAGGACCACAAUUUGGAGCCUGUAUUUGAUGGAACAGAGGUUCCAGGGAUGGAAGCUAACCGGAGCACAUCUGGCCGCAGGUCGGAUGUAGAUCCGGACUCUCCAGGUGUGGUUGAGAAGGCAGUGGCUCUCAAGAAUUUUGUUAAGGAGAAGGGUGCAGUGGCAGUCUCCACCAUGAUGCGUCGCCUUUCUGGAAAAAGAGAUGAAGUUGUUGAUGAUGAAGGUAAGGAUGUUUCAGACAUCACUGGAGUUGGUGAAACCAAAGUGGUGUCUGAGAAGGCAGUGGAGAAAUUUGACUGGAAUCCCUUAAAUUACAUCAAGAAGUCAUCUGACGUUGGUGUGGGAAACAAAACUGAUCAGAGGGACUCAAUAUCCAUGAAAGGGAGGGUUAUACUGUACACAAAACUAGGUUGCCAAGAAUCUAAAGAGAUUAGACUAUUUUUGCGUAUAAAAAGGCUUAGAUAUGUUGAAAUCAAUAUUGAUGUGUACCCCAGUAGAAAGACGGAGCUGGAGAAGAUUUCUGGAUCUACUUCUGUACCCAAGGUUUUUUUCAAUGAAAUACUUAUUGGAGGCUUGAGUGAGUUGAAGACCCUAGAUGAGUCUGGCAGGCUUGAUGAGAAGGUUGACUUUCUUAUUGCUGAAGCACCAUUAUUUGAAGCCCCAUCUCCACCUCUCUCUGGAGAGGAUGAUGUGCCCAGUAGUGGACCAGUUGAUGAAAUGGCAAUCAUUGUCCGCAAAAUGAAAGAAUCUAUUGCAGUGAAGGAUCGAUUGUACAAAAUGCGCAGGUUCACUAACUGUUUUCUUGGCUCAGAAGCUAUCGACUUCUUAUCAGAAGAUCAAUAUUUGGAAAGGCCAGAGGCUGUUGAGUUUGCACGAAAGCUUGCUGAAAAACUCUUCAUUCGACAUAUUCUGGAUGAGAAUCUAUUUGAGGAUGGAAAUCACUUGUAUCGGUUUUUGGAUGAUGAUCCAAUUGUGGUGUCACAAUGUCACAACAUUCCUAGAGGCAUAAUUACCUUGAAGCCUAAGCCUUUAGCUGAAAUUGCAUCAAGGCUGAGGUUUCUGUCCCGUGCGAUGUUUGAAGCCUAUGCUUAUGAAGAUGGACGUUCUGUUGAUUAUGCAAGUAUACAUGGAAGUGAGGAGUUCGCAAGGUAUUUGAGAAUAGUCGAAGAGCUACAAAGAGUGGAAAUAUCGGACUCGUCUAGAGAGGAGAAGCUUGCAUUCUUUAUUAAUCUCUAUAAUAUGAUGGCCAUCCAUGCAAUCAUAAUAUUGGGCCAUCCAGAUGGAGCACUGGAAAGAAGGAAAUUGUUUGGAGAGUUCAAAUACGUUAUUGGUGGAUCAACCUACUCGCUUUCAGCUAUUCAAAAUGGCAUAUUGAGGGGAAACCAGCGACCACCAUAUAACCUUAAGAAGCCAUUUGGUGCAAAAGAUAAACGCUCGGCAGUGGCGCUUCCUUAUCCUGAGCCUCUUAUUCAUUUUGCUUUGGUUCAUGGUACCCGAUCAGGACCUGCACUUCGGUGCUACUCGCCUGGAAAUAUUGACGAACAGUUAUUGGAUGCAGCCCGUAAUUUUUUGAGAAAUGGAGGCGUUGUAAUUGAUUUGACUGCAAAGGCUGUAAAUGCUACUAAGAUCCUUAAAUGGUACAGUAUAGAUUUUGGCAAGAACGAGGUAGAGGUGAUAAAGCAUGUUUCAAACUACUUAGAUCCAGCUGACUCGGAAGUAUUGUUGGACCUGCUUGCUACUUCCGACUUGAAGGUGUCAUAUCAGCCUUAUGACUGGGGCUUGAACUGCUAGCUUGGGCUUCCGCAGUUCUGUAAAUGUUACUUGGAUUAAUACUUUUUUUUUUUUUCUAUUAUACAAAUUACCACCAAGGUAAUCAAUGUCGUAUGAUAACAUUUCCCUCGUCUAUAGAAAGGUACCCGAGGAUUAAGGAGACAAAAAUAGGGCCGGGGAAAAUACGUUUCCAUUACUUCCUGUUCUGCUUGCGCUGUCUUUAUACAACUACCUGUGCUUUUUAUUGUU